GCUAACUUCUGUCGUGUCGUCAUUUCCUACUGUCAGCUCGUACACUUCCGGAAGAAGCGGAUGAUAACUGAAAACUACAGCUCUUAUGAAAAUUUUCAAAUAAGAAAACAGAAACAGUCACAUCGAUUUGCGUCUUUUGACGACCAAAGACCUAAACUGUCGACAUGUUUUCCUUCCACGUAUUCGACCACCCGAUGUCCCGGGGUUUUCAGAACCGCUUCUCCACUCAGUACCGCUGCUACUCGGUGUCCAUGCUGGCAGGUCCCAAUGACCGCUCCGACGUGGAGAAAGGAGGCAAAAUAAUAAUGCCACCUUCAGCCCUCGACCAGCUCAGCAGGCUUAACAUUACUUAUCCAAUGCUGUUCAAGCUGACCAACAAAAACUCAGACAGAAUGACACACUGUGGUGUUCUGGAGUUUGUGGCAGAUGAGGGAAUCUGCUACCUGCCACACUGGAUGAUGCAGAAUCUCCUGCUGGAGGAAGGUGGUCUGGUCCAAGUGGAAAGUGUUAACCUUCUGGUGGCCACUUACUCAAAGUUCCAGCCACAGAGCCCCGACUUCCUGGACAUUACGAACCCCAAGGCAGUACUGGAGAACGCAUUGAGAAACUUUGCUUGCUUGACAACUGGUGAUGUCAUAGCUAUCAACUACAAUGAAAAGAUAUAUGAGCUGCGAGUAAUGGAGACCAAGCCCGAUAAAGCAGUAUCCAUCAUCGAGUGCGAUAUGAAUGUGGAUUUUGAUGCUCCUCUGGGUUACAAAGAGCCUGAGCGACGACCUCAGCACCAGGAAGAACCAACAGAGGAAGAAGCCGAUCCCAGUAGUUACGCUGACAUGGACACAAGAUUCAGAGCAUUCACCGGCUCUGGCAAUCGUUUGGAUGGUAAAACAAAAGGGAUUGAGCCUAGCCCUGUCCCUCUUGGCCCAAGUGACAUCAAAAGAGGCAUUCCCAACUAUGAAUUCAAAGUUGGCAGGAUCACCUUCAUCAGGAACUCCAGGCCUCAGCCCAGGAAAUUUGUAGACGAUGAUGACGCCUUGAACAGAUUCAUCGCCUUCUCUGGACAAGGACAAUCACUACGCAAGAAGGGCAGAAAGCCUUGAAGGAUUUCAAGUGGAGAGACUGGCUAAUGUGCACUCACCAUAUCUAUUGUCACCUUCAACAGAAAAGUAAAAAAAAAAACUUCAGAUGCAUUGGAGUUUUGUCUCUGUCUCUUCAAAAUGGGAGUUUUGCUUUGAGUUGGGAUUAUAAGUAAUUAAAACUCUGACAGCUUCUUCAACAAAAGCUGAGCUGCAUAAAAUGCUGUCACUUGUAAUUUGGUAUUCUCAAGUCCAUGGUGAUUUGAGCCAGGCAUAAUAAAUUAUAUCACCACACCACCAACACAAAGAAUAACUUGUGAAGUAUUGUAAUGAUAUACGAUUUGAAUGACCUUUUGAUUUAGAGCGCAUCCAGAGUCCAGUUUGUAUAAUAAAAUGGGAGCAAUGAUAGCUCUGUACUUUUGUUUUUAAUUAUAAAGAAUUAAAAUUUUUAUCUUAGGUUGUUUUUCUGAGUUAUAGGAAUAGUUUGCAAGUGUUUCCCUUUUUUCCUGGUUUAUUUAUAGAGAAAUAAAGGACUGUGUUUUGAAAUGA